UUCGGUAUCCGUCACGUCGGGAACGCUCGCAACGCCCUCGAAUCCAGUCCGAUCCUCCUCCUUCUGCGAGGCGCAUCGCACUCCAAGAUCUCUGGGCCGAGGUCCCCUGCGGAUCGAUAAACCCAUCGGCGAUCCGAGGCAGAGGGCUCGACGAGAGCGCCAUAUCGAGGCCCGCCACUUCGCGGAGCUCGCCGUACCGGAAAAGGGGGCCCUAGCCCGAAGGCUAGACGAGCAGACGAGCUGCUUUCCGAGAGGCCGAUCCGAGCAGAGGCCGGAACACAUUCGCGGCUGCAUGGUCCCUUCGUCUCGUCGUGUACGCGCGUCAGCGUUUCGGAUUCGGAUCGAGCGCGUACUGCUUAACGGUGGGCAGCGGCUCCGGAGCGUGGGCGGUCGAACAUGGCUCAAGAACUGGAGGAGGCGCGGCGCAUGGCGGACGGCGGCAAGGCUGCGCAGCUGCGGCUUCUGUUCUGCGGCGUCGGAGUCUUCCCGACCGCUGUAUCUCGGACUUGCGCAGCACUCAAAUCUUAUCCGCACAUUCUCGUUGAUUGUUUGCCUCUCGAUGAAAUCGCGGAGAAGAUUCAUGAAUACGACAUGUGCGUUUGUCGGAUGGGGAAUUUGGACCGAAAGACGCUCUUGAAGGCAUCCAGGUUGAAGCUCAUCACCCAGUUCGGCAUGGGGCUCGAAAGGGUUGAUGUUGAAACUGCCACAGAGAUGGGAAUCAAGGUUGGAAGAAUCCCAAGUGACUCCACAGGAAAUGCUCUUUCAUGCGCAGAGCAUGCGAUUUUCCUUAUGCUUAGCCUUCUUAGAGAUCAGAAAGGCCUUACAAAGUCUGUGCAAGAGGGAUCACUAGGAAUUCCAGAAGGACGAACUUUAUUUGGGUGUAAGGUUCUUAUCGUGGGAUACGGAAAUAUAGGCAAGGAACUCGCUCCGCGCUUGAAAGCCUUCGGAGUUCGAGUUUUAGCUGUGCGACCGUCAUGGAACCAGAUGUACCCAAUUGCAGCAGGUAGUGAAAAUGUAAUGAAGCAUUCGCUUGUAAGCAAUGGGACCAUUCCUAUGGACGAUUUUGUCGAUGAAAAGGGUGGCAUGGAACACCUUCAUGAAUUUCUCAGCAGAUCAGAUAUCGUCGUUCUUUGCUGUACUCAAAGUCCCAAAACGGUAGGGAUGGUAAAUGAAGAUUUUUUGGCAAGCAUGAAAAUGGGUGCGCUAUUGGUGAAUGUUGCCCGUGGAGGUCUGAUGGACUACACUGCCGUAAGUGAAGCCCUGAAAUCAGGUCAUCUUGGAGGUCUGGCCACGGAUGUAACUUGGGUUGAACCCAUCGACCCCAAAGAUCCCAUCGUACAUCUUCCUAAUGUGGUGGUAACACCGCAUGUUGCGGGCGUUACAGAGUACUCGUACUUACAGAUGGGUCAGCUAGUUGCAGAUGCGGCACUCCAGCUUUAUGAUGGAAAAGAGAUUACCGGUCUGGAGUUUGUCAACUAAGCGGACAGUUGGUUCCAGGUGAAAAAAACUACUGCUUCCUUACAGGUACCACAAGUUCCUGUGGCUAGUCUAGUUCAAGGCAUUCGUGAGCUGCAAGGAACUACCGAGACAAGAAACAAAUCAGUUCUAAAGUUCUACUCUCCUCAAUUGGCCCGAUUCGGAUUAAAUUGGGCUAAUAAACUAGUAAAUUCAACUUUUAGGUAGGAUGUGAUAUGACUCAAGUAUCAAGAAAAUAAAAUUUAUAAACAAUACUUCAAUGAAAUCAGGU